AUGUCGUUCCAUGAGUGCUACGGAAGCCCGCUCACGGAUCCAACGAAGAAUGUCUGGAGAAUUGGGAACGUCGAAUGGAAGGGAGUCCCGCUACGGUAUCUACUUGCAAUUGCACGGCCAGAUCGUGCGAGGGGAUAUUUUGUUUGGUCCGAUGGGCUGGAUUCAGGUACAUUCGCUGGUGUCUCUGCGGACCGAUACCAAAAAGACCUGCCGAUUGAAAAAGCUCUAUCAACGGAGGCUCUGGUGGCAUACGAAAUGAAUGGCCAGCCUCUGGGUAAGGAGCGCGGUGGACCGGUGAGACUGGUUGUACCAGGGUGGUUCGGGACGAAUUCGACGAAAUGGCUAUGUCGCUUGUCUGUGCAGGAGACGAGGUCCCCUAGCCCAUUCACGACAACUUUUUACAACGAGAUUGAUCCCGCGGAUGCCUCGGGAAUACAGAAAAGACCUGUAUGGAAGGUUGAGCCUAAUUCGAUGAUAGUGCGGCCUUGUCCGGAAGAACGAUUUUUCUGUCCUGGUUAUGUUGAAGUUUGCGGUCGUGCGUGGGGCGCGGAAGAGAUUGUGCGAGUUGAAAUUAGUACUGAUCAAGGACACAUAUGGAGUGAGGCUAGUGUGACGCCUCGGAAGCAGUUUGAGUGGCAGUUUUUUCGCUUUCAGUUAUUUAUUCAGGACAACGGAAGGUAUACCAUACAGGCACGAGCGACGGAUAGAUUGGGUACUCGGCAGCCGCUGUCCCGGCGUCGAAAUCAUGUACCGAUAGUGCACAUCCAGGUAGAAUCUAAAAGAGUUCCUAGGUUAGAGAGCUAG